AUGGUCGACGUUGAUCGGAGAAUGACCGGUCUCCGGCCAGCACACGCGGCGGGUCUCCGUCGUCUCUCAGCUCGAGCCGCCGCACCAACGACUCCAACAGUCAGAAAAAGCCUCGUCUCUUUCUCAUCUCUCGCCGACCAAGUAAUCUCACACUUACACACUUCAAGGAUCCAAGUCCAACCGGGUCUAACCGACGCCGAAUUCGCUCGAGCCGAAGCAGAGUUCGCAUUCGCUUUCCCACCGGAUCUCCGCGCCGUUUUAACCGCCGGUUUACCAGUCGGCGCCGGUUUCCCCGACUGGCGUUCUCCCGGAGCUCGUCUCCAUCUCCGAGCUAUGAUCGAUCUUCCAAUCGCCGCCGUGUCGUUUCAGAUCGCGAGAAACACUCUCUGGAGCAAAUCAUGGGGCCCGAGACCGUCCGACCCGGAAAAAGCUUUACGGGUCGCGAGAAAUGCACUCAAAAGAGCUCCUUUGAUGAUACCCAUUUUCGAUCACUGCUUUAUUCCUUGUAACCCGGCUUUAGCGGGUAACCCGGUUUUCUACAUCGACGAGACCCGGAUUUUCUGUUGCGGGUCGGAUCUAUCUGAUUUCUUCGAGCGUGAGUCUGUGUUUAGAGGAUCCGGCUCGUGCCCGGAGAUUCUAACCAAGCAGCGUUCGGUUAGCGAGAAAUCCGCCGGGUCUUCGUCGUCGUCUUACUCGAAUUUCUCUAGAAUGAGCUUAGAUUCGGGUCGGGUUCACCGGUCGGGUACACCAAGAUGGGUGGAGUUUUGGAGUGACGCGGCGGUGGAUCGUCGCCGGAGAAACUCGGCUUCUUCGAUGUCCUCGUCGCACUCUUCAUCGCCGGAGAGAUAUCUAGACUUACCGAGAUCGGAGACACCGAAAUGGGUCGACGAUUACGUGAACCGGAUCGGGUCGGUUUUAAGAGGAGGCGGUUGGAGCGAAUCCGACGUAGAUGACAUCAUACACGUGUCAGCAUCUGGGUUCUUUGAGGGCGAAAUGGUAAUUUUAGAUAAUCAAGCUGUUUUAGAUGCGUUGCUUCUUAAAGCGGGUCGGUUCUCGGAGUCGCUCCGGAAAGCUGGAUGGAGCUCCGAGGAAGUGUCGGAUGCACUCGGGUUUGAUUUUCGACCGGAGAAAGAGAGGAAACCGGUUAAGAAGUUAUCUCCUGAGCUCGUCGAACGAAUCGGGAAACUUGCUGAGUCGGUUUCUCGGUCAUGA